CUACGGGAGAGAAACACACUCUAGCAGAUGCUAUCCGUGUCCCACCCAGCCCGGUUCUGUCGGGAUUUACAUGCAGACACAUGUGGCUCGACCCGUCCAAGAUAUAAGAACCUGAACGCCGGUUUUUAAACGCGUUUUCCCCGCAGCGAGGACGCGAAAGGCCGCCGCUGGGAACCAACGGCUCGCCGGAGAAGCUUCGGUGUGUCUGGAGCGAGGACCAGCCGACCCAAACCACAACAUUUAGGCCGCUUCAUCGUCUGCUAACUUCGGGGCAGUUUAGCAUCGCAUCACGGUGUUACGACGAAGGCAGUCGAGCGAGGACCGCGAUUUUCCGUCCCCGCUUGGCCAUGCGAGGAGCUCGGGUGUUCGUCGGAGAAUGUGCCGCUUUCUCCCGGCGCUAGCUCAGCCGCGGCUCCAUGGCCAACAGUAACAACAUGCUCCUGGCCUCUGCCGUUGUGGUGUGGGAAUGGCUGAACGAACACGGCCGGUGGCGGCCCUACAGCCCCGCCGUCUCCCACCAGAUAGAGGCGGCCAUCCGGAGCAGCGACCCCCGCGGAGGGAGCGUGGUCCUCGGCCAGGUGGACAGCCGGCUCUCGCCGUACAUCAUAGACCUCCAGUCCAUGCACCAGUUCAGGCAGGACACAGGGACCAUCCGUCCGGUGCGGAGGAGUUUCUAUGACCCAGGCUCGGCCCCGGGUCAGGGCUGGCAGUGGGAGUGGGAGAACGAUGCGGGUACGUGGACGCCUUACGACAUGGAGGUGGCCAUCGCCAUCGAGAAUGCCCACAACCGCCAGCAGCCCUGCCUUGACCUGACACCUCUUGGCUUCUGCUACCUCAUUGAUUUUAAGAACAUGACACAGGUGAACAGACAGAGCCAGAGGUGUCGGAGGAUCCAGAGACGUGCUGACAUGGCCUACCCUUUAGUGUCUGGUCCUCUCCCACUACCCAAAGGAGGAGGUGUAGGAGGAGGUGGAGGCCUAACAGGAGCCCUGCUGGGUGUUGGGGUGUCGGGGACCAGUUUGGGGAUUGGAAGCUCUGUCUACCCUAAUGGGGGCUUACCAGCUACUGGACUGGGUCAGCCUUGUUCCUGCCAGCAGUGCAUGCUGGUCCUUAGUGUGAAGACCAAUACAGGAGGAGCAGGGGGAGGAGGAGCAGCGAUACAGACUUUAGGCAGACGCUCGCUAACAGUGCAGCGGCCCAAGAACUCUGUACCCACCACCUCCAAACCUCUGAGUCCAUCCAAAUCAGCCACUCUGGGACGAGGACAGCAGCAGAACUCCAACUCCAACUCCAACUACUAUCAGACGCUGCCGCACGGCCUCGCCAUUUCCAAAAACACCGCCUCUCCGCGACGGAACGCACAGCUCUUUGCUCAGUCGCUGGCCGCCCUCACAGCAGGCACCUCCUCUCUAGGUAUCUCCUCGUCUUUCAACAGGCCGCCUCCGCCGUCCCUCCCGCCUCCUCAGCCUCCAUCAUCCAACCCAAAUCUGAACCCUCCGUCUGUUCCGGCCAAGCAGUCCUCAUCGUCAGCCAACGAAUCAGUGCCAACCGCCACAUUAAUUUCCCCUGCCAACAACGUGACCACGCCACCCUCUCCCGUGCCCUCUCCAUCGCCAGUGGUGAUGAAGCCACAGCGAGUGCCGUCGUCCGCGGCUACAGUGUGCCAUGCCCCAUUGCCACAGAGAUCGAGCCUAGCUGGGCUGAGCAGACCAGCGUUACAGAGGAUUGCAAUGGCCCAGUCCAGAGCGCUCAUAGCAUCAGGCGUGCCCACCGUCCCAGUGAAGAACCUCAAUGGAUCCAGUCCUGUUCACCCUGCACUGGCCGGGAUCACAGGUAUCCUGAUGAGUGCUGCCGCUCUGCCUGUGUGUCUGACCAGGCCUCCUAAACUCGUGCUGCACCCUCCACCUGUCAGCAAGAGCGACAUCAAACCCGUGCCAGGCUUCGGCCACUGCUGCAGGAAGACCACCAAGAAACAGGCUCGCAAGGGUAAAACUCCAGAGGAGGUGGUAAAGAAGUACCUUCAGAAAGUAAAAAGUCCACCAGAGGAGGACUGCACCAUCUGUAUGGAGCCGCUGGGGGGUCCAUCUGGAUAUAAGGGUCCAGGAGUGGGGCCUGUGUCUCGGGCAGAGUCAGUCGGGCGACUAGCACAGUGUGGACACCAGUACCAUUUCCAGUGUCUGGUGGCCAUGUAUAAUAAUGGCAACAAGGACGGCAGUCUUCAGUGUCCCACCUGCAAAACCAUCUACGGCGUAAAGACAGGCAACCAACCGGCAGGGAAGAUGGAGUACCACGUCAUCCCUCACUCUUUACCAGGGCAUCUAGACUGCAAAACCAUACGCAUCAUCUACAACAUACCACCAGGCAUUCAGGGACCAGAGCAUCCGAACCCAGGGAAGCCCUUCACUGCCAGAGGCUUUCCCCGACACUGCUACCUCCCAGACAGCGAGAAAGGACGCAAGGUACUGAGACUGCUCCUGGUGGCCUGGGACCGCAGGUUAAUCUUCUCAGUUGGUACUUCCAGCACUACAGGAGAGUCUGACACCGUCAUCUGGAACGAGGUCCACCACAAAACCGAGUUUGGCUCCAACCUGACGGGCCACGGCUUCCCCGACCCCGGACACCUCGACAAUGUCCUGGAAGAGCUCCGAGCUCAGGGCAUCACGGAGGAUGAUGGACUGAUGGAAAAGUGAGCGGAAAAUCAACCAGAACAGCGGAGGAGGAGACACUCGUGUCAGAGUCGUUAAGGGUGACAGGGAGGACGAGGAGGAAUAGAAUUGAGCCUCACCAUGAAAAGAAGAAGAGGCAGCAGGAAGAGGAAACGAGGAGGUCCUAGACUGAGACACACUCUCUCUACCAGCACUUAAAGGGGUGCUGGGGGACGUUUCGGGUUAUAGACGACAUUGAUUUUGUUUUUCAGAGGUUACCACUUCUCAAGAUGCUGAUUGAGUCACCUCUGGGUUCGCCUGCAAUGCGAGUCUGUCCAGACUUCACAGUUUUCAAGCAAGCACAUCAACAUAAGUAGGAGGCAGUCUGAGGAAGCUACAGCACAGAAAGCGAAGCCACACAGAAUGAUGGCACUCAUGGUAAACGCUCCUAAUGAACAACUAGGUACUAAUUGUUGACCAGUGAGAAUGAAUCGGUACUAAUAUUUAGGACAAAAACAAUUUUACUUUACUGGGUAUAGAGUAACCGGGAAAAGAUGGUAAGAUUUUAGAGCAGUUCAAUGAAAACUGGGAGAGAAAAGACAAAGAGAGAAAGAAGUUGGAGCAGUGGGGGAGGGGACAGGAGAAAGGGGAGCAGGAAUAAUGUAGCAGAAAGAGAGAAAGAUGGCGAAUGAAUGUUGCCUAGGAUAAGAGUAGAGUAAAAUUAACUUGUAUGGUGCUCAACGGGUACUUUAGCUAUCACUAAAAACAAGGAAACCAAGAGUGAUGAAGGAAAGAGAAAGACAGGCCGCUGCGCUUUCUUUGUCCAAACCACCUGCUUGUUGGUGGUUGAACUUUAGUGCUGUUGCUCCCUCUUGUGGUGAAACUGAUGAACUGCACCUCAGCCUGCAAGAUACUGGAACAAAUCAAAAUAUUUACUAUGAGUUAUCCACGCGUUACUUUUUUUUAAUCAUUGUUACUAUAAUCCUCAUUUAACGUCUUUCCAUACUUUACCUCUUGCUUUUGACUUGAUGGGUUUUAUAUGACCUAGGCUCUGUAUGUUUACGACUGUGUGUGAAAUGACAUAAGACCAAUCUAAGGCUGAGUCAUUUGGGCCUAACUGGAGUCUUACAAUUGAGCCAUUGUGGUACAGAUUAACCUUAGAUACACAGGUACCAGUAUUUACUUAUCUAUCUUUAUUUUAUUUUCUCCCUCUUGCCUGUUGGUUGACAUACAGUUUCAGUGGAUUCAGAUGCUGUUGUAUCCUGUCAACAAAAGAAAACAUGGGGAUGUGAAUAAAAACCUGAUGAAGAUUAGCAUUUUGGGGGUUGCCUAGAAUUAAGUGCUCAGGAUUUGCUUCAGGGCCUACAUGUUUAAUUCAAGUUGAAUGAGCUUCACUGUCAGUGCUUGAACCCAAAAGAAUGAACCAAGAGCCUAGGGCUGGUCUCACAGCCAGAUAUCCCUCAGAUUGGGCAUGGGGUUGGAAGGUUGGGAGGGAUGGAGAGGACAAGAGGUCAGACUGAAGCAGAGGUCAUGGCCUGGUCUUCCCAAACACACAGUACCAUUGAGGAGAAAAUAUUCAAAUACAUUUUAGUUUGUCAGUCAAGGCCUCGACAUGGGGUUGUCAGUAACAAGUAGGAAUUGCACCACCAUUCCUCAAAUUACAAAUUAAGCCCACCCAUAGACAAGGAUCCUGCAACAGUCAAAUUCAGUAAAAACACGACUAAACUGGACUUGCUCCUGAUUGGCUGGAAUUACUUGAGCAUAGAUGAAAUCCGUCCAGUCAGAUCAGCUUGCAGCAUCUGAACCAGAAGGCCCUCAAUUUUUGGAUUUACCUCAUUUAAAUCAGAGAGUUUGUUAUCUGUUCAGGGACCAGUAAUACAAGGACACUACAAUUCCUGUGAGAUUAUCAAUUAAGUCAAUAAAUAUUCUUGUAGUUCAGCUUUUUGAGGACAAAAUAAAAGGAAGUGCGUCACUUUGUGCCUGCACCUGAGGAGCAGUGUGACUGCAAAAGGUCAGAUUGUAAAAGACAGACAAUAUGGGACCUUUUUGACUUCAUGGCCUCAGAAAGAAAACUAGUAGCGUCAGUCUAAUCUCACACCUCUUCUUAUCCUACCCCUCCUGACUGAUAAUCAACACACUGCCCAGUCUCUGAGUUGGGUCUAUAAAUGACCCCCCAUUACAAUGUUACAAGACUUGUGCAUGUGUGUAUGUGCGUGUGUGAGAAAGAAUCUGUGUACCUGUAUUCUACCAACAUGCUCCCAGUUUUAGGGUAUCUCAGUACUCUGUGGGAAUCACAUCAUCCUUCAGCUCUAAUGAUGAUGGUACUCCCACCAUAACUUCUUAAUUAUGUUUUUUAAUGUGAAAUAUAGUUACACCUUUGCUUUUUAAUAGUAUUCUUGACACUAUCAUAGAGUAAAUUGCCUUUUUUCAUUUUUUACAUUUAUGUUGUAUUAAUAAUGCCCUUUUACAUUUGUUACUAUUGGUUUACAAGGACAGUGUUGUUAAAUACAGUGUCUUUUUUUAUUCUGUACAGAAGUUAAGCUGAUUUGCGUCGUCUUUUCUUUGGAAAAGGAAUUUGAUGGUAGACUUUUAUCUGAGUGAAAAAUGUAAUGAAUUUUGGGAGCAAGUCAAACCCUGGUACCCUCACGCUUCUGUGAGGUAAACAAUACUUUCAUUUUCUACAAAUCAUCUGCACUGAGCCUGGAUCUGCCUACUGGAGCUCUUAAUGUGUGUCACCCUGAAAGGUUUCAGAGCAGAUUUGUUGGACAUGGUUUUGGUCUUUGUCCACCUCUCUGUUAGCAGCAGAAUUGUUCAUGUGCAGGUGGCAUGAUGAAAAUGGUUGUUUUAAACAUUGUAAACUGUUAUAAAAUCACAAUUUCCUCUUGUGUUGUAGCAGUUUUCUUGCUCUCUUGACCCAAACACUGCACAAUGACUUAGGAAAACACAGAUUUUGUAUGAUCAGUAAGUCCCUUAUGUUGCUUUUACUUUGUCUUUUUUAUCAUUAAAGGUAUGGCUUUGAUUUCUGAACAAUGAACAAGAAAUUAAAAUGAAUGUCAUGACCAGUUUUAUCACUAUUUCUCUUGACUUUGGCUGAAUUGGAUGACUUGAGUCUGAUGUGGCCAUGAUUUUGUUAUUGUACGGUUAAAAAGAUGAAUGAUUACCUUCAGCCUCAAGCGUCUUUGCGAGAGACUAAUGGUUGAUUUACAGGCUUUGAUCCAGGGUGUGCAGUGUGUGAAACUAUUUGCGCAAUGUGUCAAACAGCUAUGACGAUUAACUCACAUUUUCAGUUUUGUCCCAUUUUUCUAUGUGGAUUUCUCUCCCAUCACCUGUUCUCAUUACAACUGAAGACAAUAUCUUCUCCAAAUGUCGGUGGAUCAGGGCCUCCUGUGACGAGUCUUCUUUUGUUUCUUGGGGGUGGGGGUGGUGGCAGAGGGGUGAUGGGUGCUUGUAUGAGAGAGCGAGCAUUAAACCUGAUGAGAAAAGGCAAAGUGUAAAUAU